AUGUAUAUAUAUGUAUUUGUAGGUGUCUGGUCUUUUAUUCGAAUGAAAGUGACUCGUCAGAGAGAGAAGGAAUCUUCAGAAAAGCGUCAAGUGAAUCUGCAUCCUUGCGGUGUCUUUCGAUCCGCCAAGCGCCGCUCAACUAUGCACAGUGCGACGAGAGGAGGCGCCGUGCUUUCGCGUUUCCGUCGUUUUUUUCUCUGUGCGUUGUUUUUCCUGGAAACAGUCGUCCGAGCAAUGCACCCAGCAGGCUCUCUCUCCAAGAGCGGCGCCAUCUCAGUUUCUGCCCGAAAACGCUUGUUCUCUUGCUUCCAGGCUCCACUCGCGCGGUUCUCUUUUUGUAAGACUGCACGCGCUCCACAAACUCCAAAGACUCGUCGACCUUCUUCUUUCUCCCCCUGCGGUCCUCGCUCUUUCUCGCCUUCUCCUGUCUCUCUUUCUUCUUUUUCUUUGCCUGUCUCCCUCUUUUUUCCGCUUGGCUUGCUCUCUUCAGUUCAUCGUUCGCCUGUCUUCCCGCUACUCCCUGCCCGUUUGGGAGGAGACUUCGAGUGCAACGUGGUGCGGAGAAUUGACUUUUCUUUUCUGCGGUCGACGUUCUGCCGCGCUUUCUCGCUUAGUUUUUCAGCUCCGCCUCCGGCUCCUCCUUCUGCUACUCGUUUUCUCUCGCUUAACCGCGUCGCCGGAAAAAGGUACCUCUCGUCGAGAACUCAGACAGGAGUUCCAGACAACUGGCACACCAUGGAGGGACGCGCGCAGCCUGCGUUCGUCGACAUCGGCGCGAAUCUGACAGACGACAUGUACCGAGGUGUCUACUACGGAAAAGAAAGACACCCUGCAGAUCUGGAGAGGGUCAUCGCUCGAGCGAAGCAGGCGGGAUGUCGAAAGCUCAUGGUGACCGGCGGCAGUCUAGCGGACUCUGGAAGAGCCAUUGAGCUCUGCAGAGAAUUCGAUCCGGACGGAAAGUUCCUGUUUGCGACUGUGGGCGUCCACCCCACUCGGUGCAGCGAAUUCGAGCCUUCCUCCCAUAUGCAUGUAGGAGCUCCGCCUCACGGCCCUGCCGCCUGUUGCUCAAAUCUCUCAUCUGCAAACGACAGCUCUUCCUCGCCUUCCUCCUCUUCUUCCCCUUCUUCCCCUUCUUCCUCUUCUUCUUCCUCGCCUUCUUCGUCUGCUGGUGGAUGUGGUGCGGAGGCUGCGGUGGACGCGGAAGUCCGCUCGUUCGGCUUAUAUUUGGAGAGCACGAAGGCGCUGUUGUCGUUCGAGCCGCCGGCAGAGGCCGUGGAGCACCUGAGCAAACUCGCAUCGCUGAUCGAAAAAAAUCGCGACCGGGUGGUAGCCGUCGGGGAGAUUGGCCUCGAUGCAGACCGCACUCAGUUCUGCGACCUCGAAACACAAAAAAAAUACUUUGAGUUUCAGCUGCUCCUCAGCCGAUACUUUCGCCUCCCGCUCUUCCUCCACAUGCGCGACGCAGAGGCGCCGUUCUGCGAGAUCCUGGCGCGGAGGCGAGAGCUCUGGGAGGCGGAGGGUGGCGUCGUUCAUUCCUUCACCGAUUCGCUCGCGGCGCUGAACAGUGUCCUCUCUCUCUCUCCUGCUCUCCACAUCGGAAUCAACGGCUGUUCGCUGAAGACGGAGGAGAAUUUGCAGGUCGUCAAGGCGAUCCCUCUGGAGCGUUUACACCUUGAAACAGAUGCCCCGUGGUGCGACAUCCGCCCAACGCAUGCAGGCUUUGCAAUUCUCACACACGAACUCCCGUCGAUUGCAGCAGAAGAGAAAAAGAAGCAGAAACCUCAAAAUUGGAAUCCCGAAACGCAAAUCAAGAACCGGAAUGAGCCUUGCAAUAUCGCGCACGUUGCGAGGAUUGUUCGGCAGCUCGUCGCCCCCGAGAUGCCAUUCGAAGCAUUCACCGAAGCAGUGUGCGCGAACUCGCUGCGCAUGUUCCCCCUGAUGGCCGCGAAAUGA